CCGGGGACCCCGCCCCGCCUCGCUCCGGUUUGCUGGCCACACCCCCAGGAGUGUGUCCGACCAGUCAUAGGCCAGGAACGCUGCCGGGAAUGGGCGUGGAGUGGGCGGAGCCUGUCGGAGGACUACCCGGAUCAAUGAAGGGGACGGGGCCUUCUCGCUCAGCCUGGGGCCGAUUCAAAUUGAGGGAGGCGGGGAUUGGCUGAGCCGGUCGGAGAGGGAAUCGCACAGCCGUAGGCAGAAGUCCUGGGAUUGGCUGGCGGGAAGCCCAGUGUCCAACUUUCAUUGAGAGACACAGUUUAGACGGCGGAAUUGUAACCACGGAGACGAGUCGACUACGGAGAGAUCGUAGCCUGCUGUGGGAAAUAGAAUUUAGGAGAUAGCAAUUGUGAACUGAAGUUACAAGGCAAAAUUUGCGCCCUUCAGUGGAAUUAAAAAUUAAUUGGCCAACAGGUCAAAGCCGAAAGAACUAAGUACCCUCGGGAGGCCGGAUUUUAGUAAACUAAACUCUCUAAACAACCAAUAAAAUCGCUGAGUUUAACGGCCUAAUAGUCCUAAUACUGAUAAUUGAACGACAGAACGACUUUCCAAUGGAAGCGAAUAAAGGCGAGGUGGGCAGAGCGCCUGCAGCGACAGACACACAUUUAGACCAAUGAUUAGGUUACAUCCAGAGAGAAGAGAGGCUAUGGCCGUCCCAGCCAAGAAGAGGAAGAUGAACUUCUCGGAGCGGGAGGUGGAGAUCAUCGUGGAGGAGCUGGAGCUGAAGAAGCACCUGCUGGUGAACCACUUCAACGCCGGCGUCCCUCUGGCCGCCAAGAGUGCGGCGUGGCACGGCAUCCUGAGAAGGGUCAAUGCCGUGGCCACGUGCCGCAGGGAACUGCCCGAGGUUAAGAAGAAGUGGUCGGACCUCAAGACCGAGGUCCGUCGCAAGGUUGCCCAAGUCCGGGCCGCCGUGGAGGGUGGCGAGGCCCCAGGCUCCACUGAGGAGGAUGGAGCCGCUGGGCCUGGGACAGGCGGUAGCAGUGGCGCAGGUGGCCCAGCGGUAGCCCCCGUCCUGCUGACCCCCAUGCAACAACGCAUCUGCAACCUGCUGGGUGAGGCCACCAUCAUCAGUCUGCCCAGUACCACAGAGAUCCACCCGGUGGCCCUCGGACCCGCGGCCACUGCAGCCGCAGCCACGGUCACCCUGACACAGAUCCCAGCGGAGACCACCUACCAUGCGCUGGAGGAGGGCGUGGUCGAGUACUGCACUGCGGAGGCCCCGCCACCUCUGCCAGCUGAAGCCCCGGUGGAGAUGAUGGCCCAGCAUGGCGACACAUCUGUCAAGCCUCAGGCGCUCAAGAGCCGCAUUGCCCUCAACUCAGCCAAACUGAUCCAGGAGCAGCGGGUCACCAACCUGCACGUGAAGGAGAUCGCCCAGCACCUGGAACAGCAGAAUGACCUGCUGCAGAUGAUCCGCCGCUCACAGGAGGUACAGGCCUGUGCCCAGGAGCGCCAGGCCCAGGCCAUGGAGGGCACCCAAGCAGCCCUGAGCGUGCUUAUCCAGGUCCUCCGACCUAUGAUUAAAGAUUUCCGCCGCUACCUGCAGAGCCACACGCCCACACCAACCCCUGCUUCUGACCCUGGCCAGGUGGCCCAGAACGGGCAGCCUGACAGCAUCAUCCAGUGAGGGGAAGGUCCCAGCCUUCUGCUGUGAUUGGAUGAACCCUCUGUGGCCUCGUAAGUGGCUUCUGGGAUUGGCCGUAGGUGGGCCUGGUUGUCAGCUCCCACUUUGAUAGACACUUGGGGUCCACAGAUCUGAGAAAGGAAGGAGACUGGGAAGAGGAACUUGGUGGGCUCCUGGGAUCCAAACUCAGUUCCUCCCACCUCUGGAGCUGCCUCGCUAAGAUCCGGAAGAUUGGUUAGCUGGGGGUCACUGUGUUGGUGAUGAGACACAAGUGGUCAAGAGCCAGGGCUGGGGAUGUGUCCCAGAUCCCAUCCAGGAAUACUCGUGAGGAAACACUGGCUGUUGCUAGGGGCCCCAGCCCAGUGCCAGGCUUUUGAGUUCGAUCAUGAUGCUGGCACUGGUGCCAGCAGGAGGGCAAUAAAUAACAUCCACCUCCCACCAUGGGGGCACCACUGAGGCCAAGGAGAAGAGCCCACCCUCUCUCCUGCUCGCUGUGCCUCAGUUCUCAGGGGACUGUCCUUAUUGCUGUGCCCGUCAGUCCCCACCCCAGGCACAGCGUGGGCUCUCUGCAAUACCCCUGUCAAUACUCCAGCUACCCCUGCUGCCCGCCUGCCUUGGGAUGCUGUGUGUGCGGGGGAUGGGUUGGCACUCUAGUGUUCCCCUUUGUCUCUGGGCAGCCCUUUGCCGUUUGCCCCCAGAGCUUUGGGCUUGGGACAGGCUCUGGGCACUGUCAAUUUUAGAGAGAGCAGAUCCUCCACGUGGAGUCUUGUCAUUCCCACCCACCACAGUGGGUUUGAAGUGACUGUCGCUUUUUCUAGUCAUUUUUAUUCGCUAGUGAUCCCCUGCUGGGAAGACCCAAAGGAGAGCAUCGCUGUGGCCAUGCCCUUCCCCCUUUCCUCUCUGCUGAGUGCAUUUCCACAGUUAGUGCCAAAAAGAACCUUCAGGGCCUGGGAUGCAGCUCAGAGGUGCCAUGCCUGCCUUGCAGGUAGAAAGUCCUGAGUUUGAUCCCCAGUAUGGGGCGGGGAGAAGGGAGGGAUAACUCAGUUAAAAAAGAGCCUUCAGCCAGGAGUAGUAGCCCAUACCUAUAAUCCAAGCACUCAGGAGGCUGAGGCAGGAGGAUCGCCACAAGUUUGAGGCCAGCCUGGGCUACAUUAUGAGUUAACGGCCAGCCUGACCUACAUAGUAAGACCCUGUCUCAAAAACCAAGCAGAACAAAAGGCACACACCGUACCCUGGACUCUUCUCCCUUGCCCAGUCAGUCAGUGCACCUCAUUGGGUGGGUGAUUCCGAAGCCACUUUUGACCUUGAAUGUAUGAAGUAAGAGAGAUGAAGCUCGCCUAAGAAACAGGACCCUUGGACCCCUCAUGCUGCAGAAGCUCUGAGUGCAACCUCUGGAGGAGGUGCCGUUACUGCCACCCGGCUUCUCUGAGACGUCCCUAAGGGUUUGACCCCGAUGGUGCUUGUCCCUUUCAUUCGCAGGCUCGCCAUCCAUCGCUGAGACGCCCACAUCUCCCCAGAUGUUUCCCAAGUUUGCUGUCUUGCUGCCGGUGCCUUGGCCACAGGUGAUCCACAGUGACAGCUCGAGGCUUCAGAUCUAUAAACAGCGGACAGUGCUGCCUGCCCAGGCAGGUCUGUCUAGAAUUGCUUAGUGCCACCAUUGUGAUCACAGGGGAUGCCCCCCAAAGUCGGUUGGGAGGUGGCCACCGUGCUGUCGUCACCCUCUGUGGAGGCCUGUGUGCGGUGCCAGCUGCAGGGAGGCGGAGGGGACUGAGCCCAGCUUGGGAGCUGGGUGACAGAGCCAUGGCCAGAAGGCAGCUGUCCCUGCCAGCUCUGGUACCCUUGCUCUUUGGAGCCCGGCGGCCCCGGCAAGGGAGCCACAGGGACUUCCGAAGGCUUUGUGACUUGGUUUGGUUCUUCUCUAGGGUUGGAAAUCUGAGCCAAUAUUGUGUCUGUCUCUUUGGAUAUAAAGAAGCCUGGAUCGCUUAAACUGACUCAUUCUUUCCAGGUCAUAGUUUUAAAUUAAAGAAAUCCCCUUUUUUAUA